AUGGGAUCACGGGUGCGUGGUGCGUUUAUCGUAUUUGAAGGAUGCGACAGAGUUGGCAAAAGUCUGCAAUCCAGAAAAUUGGUGGAACGUAUCAAAGCUACGGGCGGCAAUGUAGAUUUGAUUUCAUUUCCUGAUCGCUCAAGCGACUUAGGCAAGUUUAUUGAUCGUUAUUUGAAAAAGGAGGUUGAAAUGGAGCCCAAAGAAGCGCAUCUAGUAUUCGCAGCAAAUCGGCAAGCACUUAUGCCCUUGAUGGUGAAAGAAUUGCUGAAGGGAACACAUUUGGUCGUUGACCGCUACGCCUAUUCAGGCAUUGCCUAUACUCUUGCAAAAGGAGCUGACAACGUAACAAUGGAGUGGGCAAAACUGGCUGAUAUGGGUGAGUUAAAACCUGACUGUGUUAUAUACUUCAAUCUUUCAUUCGAGGAAGCGCAGAAAAGAAGUGGAUUUGGUGAUGAACGCUUUGAUUCUGGCAGUUUCCAAGGAAAGGUGAAUGACAUCAUGGAAAAGUUGGCCGCUGAGGAUAGGGAUCUGUGGAAAGUAGUGGAUGCCUCCUUGCCGAUUGAAGUAAUAUCCGAAAAUGUCUGGAAAUUGGUGUCACCGAUUUUGGAUAAUGUGAGCAGAAGGGGCCUUGCGUUCCUCUGA